GCGGCUAGGAGAGUGUUCCCACCCGGACCCGAAAGAGGAGAGCAACGGAAUAGAAGUGGAAAGGAACGCCGUCUCUCUCUCUCUCUCUCCGGAACCACCGGCCUUAGGGGGAGUGUUCCCAGCCGGAGCUGAAGAAGGAGUGGACCACAACCCCGGAAGUCCCGGCGUCCGAACGACAAGAGGCGUUGGGCGCUUCCGGAGCUGCCGUGAAGGGAGCGAGAUGGGUCGGAGCCGCUCCAGGUCUCCUCCGCGGAGGGAGCGUCGGCGUUCCCGAUCAACUUCACGUGAGAGAAGACGACGGGAGCGAUCCAGGUCUCGGGAAAGGGACAGGAGGAGAAGUCGUUCACGUUCCCCACACAGGCGACGAUCCAGAUCUCCUCGCCGGCACAGAUCCAGUUCCAGUUCCCCUUCCCGACAGAAAGAAAGGCGAGAUGAUGAAAAGAAAGAGAACAAGGAUGCCAAAAGCAAAGAGCGUCAGAUUACAGAAGAAGAUCUGGAGGGCAAGACAGAGGAAGAGAUUGAAAUGAUGAAAAUGAUGGGCUUUGCCACAUUUGACUCAACAAAGGGCAAGAAAGUGGACGGUUCUGCCAACGCCUAUGCUAUCAACGUGUCACAGAAGAGGAAGUACAGGCAAUAUAUGAACCGAAAAGGUGGAUUCAAUCGGCCUCUAGAUUUUAUUGCCUAAUAUCUGAUUGGGAUAAGGCACGAAAGAUGACUUUGUUCUAGUCCCUUAAUUGUCUUAAGACCAACACCUGUGGCUAAGAGGAUGCCAGCUUCUUCCCACACAGGGCAGGAAUCUUGUUUCUGGAGAUGCUGUGAAAGUGACAUUGUCUCAUAGGGUUAUGGGGCUUUCUCAGAUUUUUAGUAGGUAAGGAGUUUUAUUUUUGCACAGUUUUAAUCUUGAGUGCGUUCUGUUUCCCUGUCCUGUGCAGACUUCUGUUUUUAAAUAUUGUUGCUUCCAUUAAAAAGAAAAAGCUGUUUUGUCUUUGUGGACACGUUGGAAGUUGGACAGCCGCCUAACGAUUAGGAUACAAAAUGGUUUGGUGUGUAUUCCUGUUAUAUGUUAGCUGGAUAUGGAAGUUAAGUUUUGAAGUUGUUGUUUUUUCCUUUGAGCAUUUCUUGAUCUGUCAGACUGUUCAGAGAUUACACUUUCCCUCCCCGCCAUCGCCACUCUGCAGAAAGACACUGCCGUGUUUUCUUAAUUUUAUAAAAAUGAUUUCCAUUUCUAUUCUGCCCUUUCCCACAAUGAAACUUGCUGUUGUUUAGCUAAGGGCUCCCACAUCAGCAUACAAGACUGUUAAUACAGCUCAGAUUUCAUUUCUUGGUUUGCUUGCAAUUCUUGGACAGGUCUGGAAGGCAAGCAGAAUCAGGCGGUUACAGCCAUCACCUGCUUCGAAUAUUUGGUAAUCAGAACAGAGUUGUCUAGGCUAAAGGUCUCCAAACUAAUCUCCAUUAUUUUAUCUGGCUCCCUUUAAAAAUUAGGCAAACCAGUGGUCAUUGCUACUUCUUAUGUUCCCUUGAAAGAAUUAAUAGUAGAGAAAGCUACCAACUUUGGUAAUUAAUUCUUGCUUGUUAUGCUGAGUAUUUCCCCCCCCCUCGGGUCUGAACAUACUUCAGAUGUAGAAAAGGGUGUUUGUUUCCCCUGCUGUUCACAUCCCCCUUUCUCUCAGUCCUCUCAUGUGGACGUUGGGUGGCUUUUGCCAUGCUGCAGAUGAUGUGCUAAGGUAAGAAGAAACCACCUUGCAGUGACAGGAACCGGAGUUGUGCGGUCGAAUGCAUCAGUACCUUGUGUAAAAUGCCCCUAGAUGCUGGUGCCAUUUUAGCCUUUCUGUUUUGGAGGCUGUCUUAGCAAGGAGGUGAAGGCCAGCACUGUGAGCUGUCCAUAUGGUGCACACCUCAUUGGGAAUUAGUCCCAUUGAAUUUAAUAUGACAGCAUUCUUAAUUGGGCUUGAAGUGCAUCCGUUCAUUUUGGCAUCUUCUGCUGCUGAACACCCAUUAUUUUGGCUUUCAACAACUAAGAGGUACAAUCCAGAUUAAAAUCAGAAGCUCAACUUCCUUUGACCUAGAAUGGCAAUAGGAUUUAUUCCUCCUACACACUAGUGCAUGUAGAGUCCUAAAGCUAACAGGAUGUUGCUAGCUCACACUGCAAGAGGGUGUGCCUUAUGUAAGAUUAUCUCACAGACAAAUCUAAAGUCAUUCUCUCUGUCCCUUUUAUACACACACACACACUGUGUCUCCUUCAAGUAAACAUCUCAUUUGUUCCUCAUUAAUAAAUGUUCUGUUAAGAAUGAGAAUCAGUAGUCAGUGAUGAGAACUAUAUUUUAGAAUUGGUUGAAUAUAUGAAGUUUUCAGGGCUGCAAGACUGCAGUUUUAAGUACAGUAAUCCCACCUGAAGAAGUGGGAAUUUUCCGUUAAGUACCCCAAGGAUCCUGUUCCGAUUGGUUCAGGAAUAUACUUUGUUUUCCUAUUUUGAAGUUUUUGAGUGACUUCAUUUGGAUUAACCAGGAAAUACAAGUGUGAAGUUAAGCCUGAAUUGUCAACAAAAUUCAUAAUUUAUAUUUAGUAGGCUCACGGUGAUACAAGACAAGACUGUGGUCCCGAGAAAUGUAACAGUAGCACUCUAGAUGUUCAUAUGUUUUAAGGGCCACCUAUAGCCCCAGUGAAGGUGGCCCUUGAAAUCAGGUUCAAAUAUGGAAGUACGUAAUCCCAAAGUUUCUGUGCCCUUUACAGUCAAACGAUGAUAACAUAUUUUAGUGCCCAGUGCUGGUGGGAUGCAGAAUUUCAUCCCUUCCUACUCAAUCCAUACCCCAACCCCCAAGUAGCACACACACAAAAAAACCUUCUCCAGAAUGGUUCUCAGCUCUCAGUCUUUCUUUCCUGUCUUCUGGAGAGGUUGAAAAACUUGCUUAGUAUUUGGGGGAUAUUUCUGUCUAUACUAAUAAAGUUAAUGCUUUUGCAUGGAU